CGGGUCCAUUCAUGUGUUGAUGAUCACUGAUCACCCCUGGACAGACAGGCGAGCUGUCCGUCUUCUUUCCUCUUGUAUCUGAGCAGCAGAGAAGCGACCAUGCCUGGACUUCUGCUUGGAGACGAGUUCCCCAACUUCGAGGCCGACACCACCAUCGGCAGGAUCAAGUUCCACGACUUCCUGGGCAGCUCGUGGGGUGUCCUGUUCUCCCACCCAAGAGAUUUCACUCCUGUCUGCACCACUGAGUUGGCCUGCGCCGCUAAGAUCAGUGAUGAGUUCAAGAAACGAGGUGUGAAGAUGAUUGCUCUGUCCAUUGACAGUGUUGAAGAUCACCGCAACUGGAGCAAGGAUGUGAUGGCAUUUAACAAUGAGGCUGACAGCACCCUGCCCUUCCCCAUCAUCGCUGAUGACAAGAGAGAGCUGGCCGUCCAGCUGGGCAUGCUGGACCCUGAUGAGAGAGACAAGGAUGGACUCCCCCUCACUGCUCGCUGUGUCUUUGUGAUCGGCCCCGACAAGAAGCUGAAGCUGUCCAUCCUCUACCCCGCCACCACAGGGAGGAACUUUGAUGAACUGCUCAGAGUUAUCGACUCUCUGCAGCUCACCGCACAGAAGAAGGUUGCCACACCGGUCGACUGGAAGCCUGGCGACAAAGUCAUGGUCAUUCCCACACUCUCUGAGGCGGAAGCUGCUGCUCUCUUCCCCAACGGUGUGACAACCAAAGAGGUACCGUCUGGGAAGAAAUACUUGCGCUACACCCAGCUCUGAAGACACACUAAGGACUUCAUCCUGUUCUACUUUACUGCGCUUUGACCCAGAAGUCCUUUGAUAAUUCACGUUAGAGAACUGACCAGAAUCAUAGAUUGCACUUUCCAGGUUUGGUGACGAGUGUUUUCAGUCAUGCCGCGUGCACAGCAACAAACCAGGGAUAAUUAUAGUGUCAAUGUACAGUGCCUUUAUCCCCCAUCAAUAAACACCCUCUUAACACAUGUUCUUUGAGCUUUUUCACACUGAUUCCACUUUGGGACAACAGAGUUUUUAGGAGGUUUAGUAACAGUUGCCUCUGCAAUGACUUGAUGUGCCACUAGGUGUCCCUCUGUAACCUAAAAUAAAAACACCACCAUGCUGCAGUACCACCAUGUAUCAAUAGGCGGCAGUAUAUGCAUAAUGAUUGAUGCAGCGAUACUGACAGCCACAAGGCUGAAAGCACCAACCUGCCCUCAACAAUUGCAGUGACGGGGAGUGGUACCACAUGAACCUAAAUGACUAGUUUAUUUACCUUUUCUGUGAAUUAAAUAGCAGGCUGGCCACAUUAAAUUGAUAUCUACUUUCUGCCAUAUUGUUAGAUUUCUCAGUCUAAACAGAAAGCUCUUAAACUUUCCCCUUCUACUUUUCUACUUUUCAUUUUGCCAACUCAGCAUUACAGGCUAAUGCCCUGGCUGCCUAAAUGUUUUUAAUGUACCAUGGAUUAAAGCUUUUAAACUGAUA